UUUCAGAGCUUUGCAGAUUUUCAACUAGUUAUUAAAAUGAUGACUCAAAAUACUGUAUUCGAGACAAUGAAAAUUGAAGAUUCUAUAAACUCCGUCAUCAAAAGUGUAAAAUCAGAAAUUGGACUUUCCGAUCAGUGUGGCCAAUUUCAAAAUAUGGUUCCAGGACAUUCAAAUGCUAUUAGAAGAAGCAAAACUUCCCUUGCCCAAUGCAUGCUCCUUCGUUGUCGCCGUGGAAAACGGAUCUUCGAAAUGUUCACGGAUCAUCCUAUUCUAUCUGAUAAAGCUCAAUCAAGACGAAAAUUUCACAACAAAGAAAGAAACAAAAUUUGGAUAAAAAUUACAGCGGAUAUUAACAAAGAGUUUUCUGGAAGACUUGAAAAAAUAACAGUUGGUGGAACCAAAAAAUUGGCUGAUUACUGGAAGGGCCGAUUUCCAAGAAUUAGUGAGAUCCCCUUCAAUCCCCCUGAGUUAUCCAUUGGACGCGAUACCGUAUCUCCAUCGCCGCCCAAAUUCUUUCCAACUCCACCAUCAACUCCGUCGAAAGAUUUAGACAAUGCGGAGGAGCUUGCCGAGGAAAAAAGAUUGGAAGCUUUGAGAGCCGAGAGACUGUAUUUCUUGGUAGAGUCCACAAAACAAUACACACAAUUAUCGGGAUUGGACAGAGAAACCAAAUGCCGUUCUUCGGUAGUGAAUGAGAGAAGAACAAUGAUGUGGAAUCAGAUAACAAGCAAGCUCAAUUCAAAGUACGGUGCUCAGCUGGGUGAUCUACUAAAUGACCAAGUCAAAAAGGCGUUCUCAAAUUAUAAACGAAGACAUUACGAAGAAUUCAAACAUGAACUGAAUAAUGAAUCAUCAUCAUCAUCAGUGGCAGAAGAAGCUAUGGAAGUUGCAGUUGAUUAUAAAAAUGAAGAUGAUGAAGAUUUCCCGAUGGAUGAGGAUGAAACCACUCAAAUUCAGAGAAUCAUUAAUUAUUCCAUGACCGUCCAGGAGCAGAAUGCGGCGAAAAUAUUCGAAAUCCAGCUCGCCGAAUCAAUGAAUACCUCGCCAGAUCCUCAAAUUAAAUCGACAAUUAGAAUUUUCUCCACUUGAUCAUGAUCCAUGAUCCUCACCCUCUUUUAUAUAUCAUAUUUCACGUGCAAAUUGAUUUCUGCGAAUCGCCGAUUUUUAAACAUAAGUUUACAUGUUCUUCAACCAAUUUUAUGGGUUUUGAAUUCCCUCCAAAAUGCCAACCAAUCAGCGUCUUCGAAGUAGGCGGAGCAAAAUAGCUGAUUGGUGGCAAUUCAAAAAAAAAUGAAAAUCCUGUUUUUUUGAAUAUCGCAAUUCUCCUUUUUUGGCAAAUAUUUAUCUUCACCAAAACCCUGUACAACUACGGAUUAGAUCUUAUUCUUCAAACCCCGUUCAUGAAUUUUCUUGUAUUCGAGUUCUCAACAAUUCAACACACCUUCUUUACAAAUAAAUCAAUGUAUUUAAU